ACACGGUCCCACACAGGACAGAUUGGUGCAGGUUAAGACAUUGUAGAGGAAUGAGCAACUUUUAAGAAAGCGAAAGGUCUUACAGGACAGUUACAGGCAGAAUGGCCGAAGGAAGAGGUACAGCUCAGGAUUGGAGAGAUGAUAAAUCUGUGGUUGAGUGUCAUCGCUACAUCCUGGAACAUGAACUUGCAUGUGAUAUUCAUUUCAAAGUGGGUCCACCAGAAAAUGAACAACAGUUUGGAGCUCACAAAUCCCUGCUGAUGGCUAGAAGUAAUGAAUUCUUUACUAUGUUUGAGGAACAUGGGACUGAGCCAAACGGCUUGAUAGCAGUACCAGAUAUUGAUGCCAUGACCUUCAAAUUGAUGUUAUUGUACAUUUACUGUGAUGAUACCAUAGUGGAUCUGAAUGGAGUCUUUCAUCUCCUGUAUGCAGCCAGGAAGUACAAAUUAAAAGGCCUUGUAAUGAGUUGCCUGUCACAGAUCAAACCUGCAAUACAGACUCAUAGGUUAUGCUGGGUACUGACAAAUGCUUGUUUACAGCAAGAUGAGGAGGUUAAACAACUGUGUCUGCAGUACAUCAAUCUCCAUUCCUAUGUUGUAUUUGGUUCAAAAGGAUUCCUUGAGCUACAAGAGGAUAUCAUGAUAGAGAUUCUCAAACAGGACCGAGUCAACAUGCAGGAAAAAGACAUAUUUGAAGCUGUUGUUAAAUGGGCCAAGCUAAAAUGCAGAACCAAUUUGGUUGAAAGUAAUGGUGAAAACCUACGCAAUAUCCUGGUAAAUAUUUUACCUCAUGUUAGAUUUGCAAGAAUGGAGCCAUCAUAUUUUUCAGUAAAGGUCUCUCAUAUGAACAUAUUGACUCAAGAAGAACUUCUGGAAAAUUUUCAGUUCCUAACUACCAGUAAGGCAGAUCAUCCAGAUCCACCAAGAGACAGGAGACUCCUUUUUGAGAGGUUCUGCCAGGUAGAGUGUGGUAAAGGUUACUUCCGUGGCAAUGCAGAUGCCAUCUCAUUCAUGCUGUCAGGAAAUGCCAAAUUGCAUGAGGUGUUGGUCUAUGGGAGUUGCCAGUUUGAUGCUUUAUACAGAAUUACGGUGAAAAUAUUUGAAAAUAGAGAUCGAACGCUGUGGAAUAAAGACAUACAGCUUGAAACUGAUGGCUACACCAAGGUAUACCCAAUUGCGAUUGAACCCUCAGUGAUGAUGAGAAAAGAAGUUUGCUAUACUUUAUUGAUGGUAAUAGAAGGGCCAGCAAGUUACUAUGGAAAAAAGGGUGUGAUCCAGAAACAACUGGACGGAUUGUCAAUUACCUUCAUUCCAAACGAAAAAGGUUUGAAUGGCACUAACAUCAAACAAGGACAAUUCAGUGGCUUUGUAUUCAAGAAAGUUUAGCGCAGUAAAAUGUGACUUUAACAUUCAAAUAACACAAGAAAUACUGGCGGUAACCAUUUCCUGACUGAUGUGUUUCUGCUGUUAUUUGAGAAAAAAUUUAUUUCCUCUGUUACUGAAGAACCUCAAGGACAUCAUUUUUCAAAACAUGAUUAUGGAUCUCUCAAUGUUAUCUUGAGAAUCUCGUAAAAAAUGUGAUUAAUAUUUUCUUCAUAGUGACAUAGUUUUACACCAAUCAGAUCCUGGUUUAUAUAGGAGCUAGGUCAGUUGCUUUAUUAAUUAAACAUGCUUUUAUAUUUGUACUGAAAUUUUAAUCAAUAUAAGAUCUCUUCCUGCAAAUUUACAUGGAAAUACAAAUCAAAACUUGUACUGAUCUGUCUUAUAUGAUGUUGAAUAUAUAAUAACUAAUGGCUAUAAGCCAAAGUUGAUAUUGUUAGGAUAGAAACUGUGAUGAGGUGAGAAAAUGAGCAGGAUAUAUAUAGCAGGAUGGAUGACAAAUAAUAAUUAGGGCCCCGCAUCAGAGAUGUGGGUGCCCCAUAGUAAUCAGGUUGUCCGUCCGUCUGUCGAGCCAUCCUGCCAUCCGUCCAUCUGUCUUUCUUUUUUUUGCUUCUGGCAUUUCGCAGAGACAACUGCACGUAUCUUUAUGAAACUACAUAUACAUACAUAUCUUUACAUUACUGAGUGUCACAUACUCAUUUCAAAUUUCUACAGUGAAAAUUUGCAGAGUUAUGGCCCUUUGUCACCAAAAUUUGUCCGGCCUAUAACUUCCCUGUUGUUUGAAUGACAUUCACCAAACUUGCUAUAUUUAUAUAUCUUGGCAAUGCAGAGUGACACAAACCAAUUUCAAGUUUCAACGACAAAUAUUUGCAGAGUUAUUGCCCUUUGUCACCAAAACUUGUUUCUUCUAAGUUCUGUGCACAGCAUCGCAAGGUUGUUGAGGGUAAUGUAAAAAUGCUUACCACUUGACUCUGACAGCUUACAAAGAUUGUAACACUCAACUGAAGCUGACUAUUAGGGUCAAACACAUAGUGGGGCCCUUUCUGACUUGUCAGUGUUCUAGUUGGAUGUCUAAGACUCAAACUCCAACUAAAGAUGAUCUUUAGAUGUCCUAUUAUCCCAAUUAUGGUCCGUCCUAAUGGGAAGACUUUGAGAGAGGUCCAAAAUCUUUGUGAUCUAUAUUCAGUAGGUUACAAUGUAUAGGAACAAAAAGGCAGUAAUUACCAGUAAAUCCUAUGUAUGUUUAUGUAGCAUGUGACCUUGAUGUAUGUUAAGAUCUUGUUUUUGCCAAAGAGCUCAUGUACAUGUUUGGAUGAAGGUUUUGUUGUGGUAAAAUGUCAGCUGUAGGUCAACAUUUUUUUGGAAGGCCACUCCUCCUGAAUGUUUGAUAUCAACAUUAAUUGGCCAAAGGAAUGAAGACAUUAUUAAGGAAUAAUAUACCCUCAUGAUGGCAGAGGGUAUAGCAAAGUUUGGAGUCCAACUCAUGCUUUUCCUGUUCAGCUUACCCAAAGGUUGGAAACCCUUUUUAAGUCUGCCAUGGUAUAUAAUAUGACUCUUCAAAUUAUUGUAUCGCAUUUCUUUUUGACUUGACUGAAAGCAUCCUUCACAAAAUGUCUAGAUUGAAAUAGUGGUACACUUCUAAAAACUAUUUUUAGUAUGAAGUAGGGAAAGGUUUUAAAUUGCAUACUUGC